AUGUUCCCAGUCAUCCUACUCACUCUUGGUUUGAGUGUGGCGGGUAUGCCCGCAAAUAACUUCAUUUCGAUUCUUACCGACUCGACAAAUUCCGCUCAAACAAUACCGGUAGGAAAGACGCCAGUGUCAAGAGCCGACAUGAUGGAGAUUGCCAGGUUGGCCACCAUAGCCAGUAAUGCGUAUUGUCCCCAGGAUCGACAGUUGCAGCCUCCGCGUAAAGGCGAAAACCUACAAAGAGUGGCAAAGACUGGUUCGGUUGUCGCUUCUAGUCGGGAGAGGGAACCAUAUGAGGAUGAGCUCCCAAUCAGCUGGUACAUAUCUCACAAUCCUUCUUCCCAAACUCUCACUCUCGCAUUGUCCUCCUUGCCUUCUCUAGACCAAACCCUUGAACUCCUCUCCUCGUCUCCUACCCACAAUCUGACUCACGGUCUUUCCUCCAACCUAGUCGACCUCCCAUCCUGGCUUUUCCCACCUGAAGUUUUGCCUUUUCUUCCCCCGCCCUCGAUCCAUCAUUCUUACAUCCCUGCACUAGAGACACGCGGUACCGACGCCCUCGUAUCCUUACUCGGGUACCUCGAGAAUCCUCUUCCUCCUUUCCAAUCAGGUACAGACAUUCUUCGUUCCGUUUUGACUUCUUGGUCGACCCGUCACUCCUCCGCAUCAAAGUCUCAGAUCAAACACGUAGAUGUAGUCGGUCAUGGAAUAGGCGCCGCUCUAGGUCUGCUUAUCGCUCUCGCAUUACAUCUGGAAGUUUCAGGUCCUGCCGCCGCAUCUUACAUAACACCGCUGCCAGAGAUCGAUAUCACUGCGACUCUUUUCGGUCUGCCUAGAGUGGGCGAUACGGUGUUUGCUGAUUGGGUUGAGGAUUUGGUAGAAGAGACCCACGGGAAAUUAAAGAUUCACAAGAUCACUUCGUAUGCCGAUACGGUGGUACAUCUCCCAGAACGUCAUAUGGGUUUGGUACAUCCUCCAGUGGGGGAAAUUUGGGUUGGAGCGGAUCCUAGGGUUGCUUAUGCCUGUCGUGGAGAGGGCAAAGAUCGGGUUUGCAGUGAGGAGAUGGAGUUGUCGAAAACGUCGUUGUUGGAUCAUGCGGGUCCGUUUGCGGGUGUCUGGAUAGGUCCGGGCUCUUGUAGACGACCAGAGUUGGCGGCGCAUAUGGGCUUUUAG